GGUUUUGAUCUGUAGAUCUUCCGAGUGCAAAUAUGGCUACUACUUCUUCUUCUGCUGUCCUCACCAUAUCGAAGAAGUACGAUGUUUUCAUCAGUUUUAGAGGUGAGGAUACACGUAAUAAUUUCACUAGCCAUCUUUACGAGGCUUUGGUUCGGAAGAAGAUGGAGGCUUACAUUGAUGACAUGCUGAAUAGAGGAGAGGAGAUCUCGCCGGCUAUAAAGAAAGCAAUCGAGGAAUCAAAACUUUCAGUCAUAAUUUUCUCAGAGAAUUAUGCUUCCUCCUCGUGGUGCUUGGAUGAGCUCGUGCACAUACUCGAAUGCAAGAAAACAAACGGACAGUUGGUCAUUCCCGUUUUCCACAACAUAGAUCCAUCACAUGUGCGGAAACAGUCGGGGAGCUAUGCAGAUGCAUUUGCCGUGCUUGAAGAACGUUUUAGCGACAAAAUGGACAAAGUGCGCGACUGGAGGGCUGCUCUGACAAUUGCAGCAAAUCUGUCUGGAUGGAAUUCUAUUGUCACUAGGCCCGAGUCCAAAUUAGUUAAUGAAAUUGUUGAAGAUAUUCUGAAGAAAUUGAAUCGUGUACCAUCAAGCAAUGAGUUUAGGGGUUUGGUCGGAAUUGCUAAACGCAUUGAGCGAAUUGAGAUGUUGUUAGACGUUGGCUCACGAAAUGUCCGCGUUGUAGGCAUUUGGGGCAUGGGUGGUAUAGGAAAGACAACCCUUGCAAGUAUUGUAUUUGAACGACUUGCUCAUAAAUUCGAAGGUUGCUGCUUUCUUUCAGACAUCAGGGAAGAUUGGAAGAAACAAGGAAACUAUCAUUUACGAGAUAAACUUUUUUCUGAGCUACUGGAAGAAAAUAUACAUAAGAUAUCAUAUUUUCGAUCAUCUUUUACCCUGAGUAGGCUCCAUCGUAAAAUGGUACUAAUUGUUCUUGAUGAUGUGAAUGAUCCGGAGCAGUUAGAACAUCUCAUCGGAGAUCAUGAUCAUCUUGGUCCUGGAAGUAGAAUUAUUAUAACAACUAGAGAUGUGCAGGUGCUUAGGAAUAUUGGAGCUGAUGAGGUUUACAAAGUUGAGGAAUUAAAUGAUGAUGAAGCACUUCAGCUCUUUCAUUCAAUCACAUUUAAAAAAACGCACUCUCCAACAACAAGUCACACAAAGUUGUCAAAAGUGGCGAUAAACAAUGCAGGAGACGUCCCAUUAGCUCUUAAAGAAAUGUACUUGCCCACAGGUUAUACAAAGUUGUCAAAAGUUGCAGUAAACUAUGCUGGGGGAAUUCCAUUAGCUAUUAAAGUGUUGGGUUCCUUCCUUCGUUCCAAACGCAUGGAAACAUGGGAAAUUGCAUUGGAUAAGUUGGAAAAAGUUCCCAAUGAAAAAAUUCAAAGUAUAUUGAGAACAAGUUACGAUGAACUACAGGACAAUGAGCAGAGUAUGUUUCUCGAUAUUGCAUGUUUCUUUAAAGGGGAGGAAAGGGAUCAUGUAGAAAGGAUACUGAAUUGUAAUCUAGAAAUAGAUGAUCUCGUAGACAAGUCUCUAAUAACUAUCACACACGAUAACAAACUUUGGAUGCAUGAUGUUAUACAAGAAAUGGGAUGGAACAUUGUUCAGAAAGAAUCCAUCAAAGAGCCUGGACGGCGCAGUAGGUUGUGGAAUGCUCAAGAUGUUUACCACGUCUUGAGAAAUAACACGGGAACUGAAGCUGUUGAAGGAAUACUUUUGGACAUGUCUCAGACUAGAGAUAUAAACUUCAAUCCAGAAGUCUUCCAAAAGAUGUAUAAUCUAAGAUUUCUGAAAAUUUACAAUUCGCCUUCUGGUAAUGGGGAGAGCAACGUGUGCCCUUAUGAAGAACUCAUAUCUUUUUCUGAUAAUCUUACUUAUCUGCAAUGGGAUGGAUUCUGUUCAAGAUUUUUGCCAGUAAAUUUUUCUGCUGAGAAUCUUGUGGAGCUUAUCAUGCCUAAAAGUCGGGUUGCGAAACUUUGGGACGGAGUUCAGCCUCUUGGAAGCUUGAAAAAGAUUGAUCUUAGUUAUUGCCACGAUCUUACUAAAAUUCCGGAUCUCUCAAAUGCGCCAAAGCUUACAAGUCUUACUCUCGAGGGCUGUUAUUCUAUAAAAGAGUUUCCAGAGCUACCGAGAAACAUAACAUGUCUAAAUCUGAGUGCGACAUCAAUUAAAGAAGUGCCUUCAUCAAUCCAUCGCAUCACUUGUCUUGAGAUAUUUGAUCUCAGUGAUUGCAGAAACAUUGAAAGUCUCCCCACGAGUAUCUGUAAGUUGAAAUCUCUCAAGAGUUUGUAUCUUUCUGGUUCCUACAAAUUUGAAAAGUUUCCAGAAAUCUUAGAGCCUAUGGAACGUCUAGUCGAACUCGAGUUGGACAGAACAGCAAUAGAAGAGCUACACCCUUCAAUUGAAAACCUUGUUGGGCUUGAAUCUUUGCACCUGGAAUUGUGCCAAAACCUCAAGUAUGUCCCAGAUAGCAUCUAUAACAUAAGCUCUCUCGAGUAUGUUAGUCUUUGGCGCUGUCUUAGACUUGAAUCGUCGCCGCAGUUGCCGAAAGAUUCAGAUGCAUCUUGCAUUUCAUCAGAGAGAGCGUCGAGUUCUAGAACUGGAGUUCCAAAACUAAAAAGUUCUAGGACCGCACUGGUGCAACGUUGCGAUCCAUACGCUAACUUUGUUACUCCUCCAAGAUAUUAUAACUACCUACAAAGAGUACCUGCGGACGAAGCUUCAUUAGCAAGCCACCAUUUCUCUGAUUUGAUCAUUCUGGAACCACGCAACAUAUCUGCAUCAGAAGAAUCAACAUAUUCCGACUUCUUCUCAGAAACCUUUAAGCAUUUGGCGGAUGACUUGGACUUUGCAUUAGGUGAUGAUGCAGAACUCUAUGAUGAAGUGUAGACGUGGUUUUGUACCAAGACGGAAAGACGAACUCAAAAAAAGGUUCAGGAGCACAACAUGCGUAUUAUAAAGUUUAUGGGCUCAAAGGAGAGUUCCACUAUUGGGUAAGUCGUAAUUCAACAAAUAUUUUAUAUCUUCAUAAAUUUUAUUUUGGGCUUUUCUUUUGACGUAGCACAUAAGCUGUACUUCAACAAAUAUUUUAUAUCUUCGUAAAUUUUCUUCUUAUAAACCAAGGGGUUAGAAAGGAAAACAAAUGAUCAACUGAUUUAUGAACCUUCAAUUUCAAAUGAAUCCUUCGUGGAAUACAAAUUUGCUUUAAAUGCCAAAUUAUUCUUGUUCUUCUCA